GGGAAAUUCCCACAAUGCACUAAUUAUCGCCAUUUCCACUUUGGAAAAUUCAAUGGAUUUGUAAAGUGCUGAACAUUUUUGUAUAAGUAGGCUUUAAAUAUUUUUUUCUGGCAACUAUUUGUGAUAAGGAAAACAAGAGACUCGUUCUGGUGGAUAUACACCGAACCUAGAAGAAAUAAAAAAAUUCAGAGAGAGAGAUCAAGAUGUCGAAGGCAAAGACACAACAACCACAGGUUAUACACAAAGUCAUUAUGGUAGGGAGUGGAGGUGUGGGAAAAUCAGCUCUGACCCUACAGUUUAUGUAUGAUGAAUUUGUUGAAGAUUAUGAGCCUACAAAGGCAGAUUCCUACAGAAAGAAAGUUGUGUUAGACGGAGAGGAAGUGCAGAUUGACAUUUUGGACACAGCCGGUCAGGAGGAAUAUGCAGCAAUCAGGGACAAUUAUUUCAGAAGUGGGGAAGGCUUUCUGUGUCUUUUCUCUAUAACAGAACAGGAGUCAUUUCAGGCUACAGUAGAUUUUAGGGAACAAAUUUUACGAGUAAAGAACGACGACACAAUACCCUUUCUCUUAGUUGGAAACAAGGCAGAUUUAGAAGACAGGAGAUAUGUCAGUGUGGAAGAAGCUCAAGAAAGGGCAAAACAAUGGAACGUACCCUAUGUAGAAACGUCAGCUAAAACUAGAGCUAAUGUUGAUAAGGUAUUUUACGAUUUAAUGAGAGCGAUAAGAGACAGAAAGAUGGAAGCAAGCCGACAGACUAACGGAAAGACUAGCAACAAAAAGAGCAAAAAACGGAAGUGUACUAUUUUAUAACCAUUCAAACUCGACAAAUUUCACUCUAGACAUUGUUCGUGGUCCAUUGCCUUUGACAUUUAUUUUUAAAAAAAGCAAGGAACCAUAUAAUGACCUUGAGAGUGCAUCACAAUCUUUGCGAAUUAAAUGACAAGGUCAUGGACAUCUUUAAUGACAAGGUCAUUCAAAUGUUGGAUAUAGUUUUACUCAAAUGGAUGCAUAUAUUUUAUGCUGCAAGUAUGAUUAAUUUAUCACCAUAGCUGUGCAAGUUUUAUUAUGUACAAUUUCAUAAUGUUCAAAGAAACUAUGUCAAUGAAUCAUAAUGCAUAUAAACUUGAUCCACACUUGAAGUGGAGUUUGCAUGGAGAGAAUGCUUUAAAUAUGGUUUUUAUUAACAUGAUAUUUGAACAGUUUUCAUCUGUUUAAAUAAUUUUGAUUGCAUGUGUUGUAAUUUUAAUUCUGUACAAAUCUGUGAGCAGAAGAGUAGCAUCUUUUGAUUUCUUGCAUUAUAUUUCUGUAUUUUUUUUUAAAUUUGAUUGAUAAAGAAAGGAAAAUGCUUUACAUGAAUGUAACUACAGUUGAACAUGGGUAUCUUUUUUAUGUCUUAAUAUCAGGGAUAUGUGUCAAUAUGAAUUGACUGUCCUGGCUUUCUUAUAAAUAUCAGAUUUUCAUAUCUUGAGCUCUCUACUGUAUCAAAGUAAGUCAUACCAAGAUUUAUUUCUAGCUUAUUAUCCAAGAAUUGCCUGUAAGUCUUGGUGUGAGGUAGAAAAACAGUUUUUUUUUACGGAGGCAUUCUAUUUGUUUGUAUGCAAUAUGUAUUCUGUGAAUGUAUGGUAUGUAUUCUUUUUAUAUGGAUACAAGGCAUAGUCUGUAUACAAAUACAAUACAUAUUCUGAUGGUGCAUACAUAUACAUAUAUAGAACAAUUUUUUUCUCUUUCAGUGAAACCAAUGCUGAGAGAAAAAAAAAAUCUUUUUCUAAAUUUUGUAAGUUAUCAAAAUAUAACAUUAAUAUGUAAUGCUGUUGUGUGCAUGUUUUAUGAAUGUUUAUGUGGCAGAAUUUAGUUUGAUAAAUAGAGGUUAAGUAAGUUACAGUUCAAAAUAAUAGGAAUACCAAUACAUAAUUUAAGUGAGAAAUCUUGGCCAAAACAAUGUAUGUAAAGCCCCAGUGAGAACUUCACAAUAAAUGUUGCUUGUACAAUAUACAUGUAUAUUCUAGGUAACAACUGUAUUAAAUUUUAGAUCGUAUCUUGUAUAUAUAAUGUAGUAAAUGUAAUUUAUUGGGUUUUUAUCAUUGUGUCAUGUGGGAAAUAACAUUAUAUUACUCACAUGCACUUGUAAGUGUAUACUACAUGCUAGUUUUCUAUAACAUUCGUGUAUGCACAGCAAGGCUAGCAGAGAUAUGAUGUGAAAUUUGACUUUUACUGAAUUAUACUGAUGUUUUAAAAUUGUAAUUCAAUGUCAGAGAAAACCAAACUAAUCUGAUGCUGAAAGUAUAGAGACACGAGAUGCUCAACCUGAAUGGAAGUUGGAUCUGAUACUGUUUGAAUGAUUUUUUUUGUUGUUGUUAUUUUGUUAUAUAUACUUACUUGUAAACAAUGGUUUUUAGUCUUAGUUGCUUAAUUUCGGAAGGCCAAAAAAAUUUUUUGCUAAUUUUCCUCUACAUUCAACUGAAGAAGCAAUUUGCAGUAUACAGUAAUACACAAUCAAAUAUCUCAUAGUAUAUUUUUUUUUCCGCUUCUGUUGUCAGAACUGCAAUUUGAUGUGAAUGUGUACAAAUUUUUAAUGCAACAACAGUUCUGUAUGAAUUGCUGUCCAUAAACUCAUUAUUAAAUCUAGUGGCUUUCAUGUGGGUGAUGUUUCAGUACCAAUUCAUUCUUUAUAACUAUUAUGCCUUCGAUAUACAUCUAAAAUGUACUGAAAUAAAAGACACCAUUAACUGUA